AGGGUACAAUCCGCGGUUCCUGAAGCCCAAUUACUCAGCAGUUAAUAAGUGAAAAGAGGAUCACUCAUCCAAGAGUUCGUCUCAUCCUUCCCAUAACAACUCUUAAUUUCAUCCUCAUCUUAUAUUGCCACUAACAAAGAAAGAUUACUUAUUAUUGUGCCAAAAAAAAAAGAGGAAAAAGAAAAAAAACCACUACUACAAUGGCACGAUCCUUCACCACCACUUCCCCCACCAACGGCAGUUCCGCCUCUUAUUCUGUACGUGCCGGAGCACUCGACUGUCUCAAAAUACUUCUCUUCAUAUUCUUCUUAAUCUUAUUGAUAUCUAUAGUUCCUUGUGCUACCUUCGCCGUAAUUCGCCUGCAACCUACCCUCCCAGUAUUCACGUUGGAAUCUUCUCUCCUCUCUUUCACCAACACUUCCAUCUCCAAGGUUAACACAAUAACCGCCAACUGGAACCUCACUUUCACCGUCGAAAACCCUAACAACCAUGGCAUAGUCUAUGACCAAAUCACUGCCUCGGCGUUUCACGAGAAGGAAUGUCUCGCCAACGCUGCUAUUGCCGCCUUCGAGCUACCUAGAAAGAACAAGACUACCUUCCUAACUGGGUUUUCUGGUAUGAGAUGGAGAUGGGGUUCCCGUAAUUGCAGUCGUGUGAACAAUGAGACACAGUGCGAAGGACUUAAGGUGGUUUGGCGUGCAAAAGCUAGUUUUGAAGGUUGGACGUGGCCGACGAGGAGGGAUAACAUGACAGCGGAGUGCACGGCGGCGUUUGAUUCCGGCUGGGAAUGCAAUGUUAGUGGGAAAUGGAAGGAUAUUAAGGGUAUGUCCCUCAAAGUGUUCUGGGGUUACAUUUUUUUCGCGGGAGUAGCUCUUUGUGUUCUACUUAUUUCAUAUUAGAUUAGCAACUCGGUAUAAUAACCCAAGGGGUGGUUCAAUGGCAACUUGGUAUAAUAAGCAACAGCAGACACCAACUUCUACCAAGUUUGCAAUGUAGGGCAUGAAUUUUGUAUUAACAAACAUCAAAUCUCUAUUUGGGAACAAAUUGAAAUGUGAUAU